CAUCUAAUAUUAUAUAGUGCUCUACAUCUAAUAUUGUAUAGUGCUCUACAUCUAAUAUUAUAUAGUGCUCUACAUCUAAUAAUAUUAUAUAGUGCUCUACAUCUAAUAUUGUAUAGUGAUCUACAUCUAAUAUUAUAUAGUGCUCUACAUCUAAUAUUGUAUAGUGCUCUACAUCUAAUAUUAUAUAGUGCUCUACAUCUAAUAAUAUUAUAUAGUGAUCUACAUCUAAUAUUGUAUAGUGCUCUACAUCUAAUAUUAUAUAGUGAUCUACAUCUAAUAUUGUAUAGUGCUCUACAUCUAAUAUUAUAUAGUGCUCUACAUCUAAUAAUAUUAUAUAGUGAUCUACAUCUAAUAUUGUAUAGUGCUCUACAUCUAAUAUUAUAUAGUGAUCUACAUCUAAUAUUGUAUAGUGCUCUACAUCUAAUAUUAUAUAGUGCUCUACAUCUAAUAAUAUUACAUCUAAUAUUUGCUCUACAUCUAAUAUUAUAUAGUGCUCUACAUCUAAUAUUGUAUAGUGCUCUACAUCUAAUAAUAUUAUACAGUGAUCUACAUCUAAUAUUAUAUAGUGCUCUAGAUCUAAUAAUAUUAUAUAGUGAUCUACAUCUAAUAUUGUAUAGUGCUCUACAUCUAAUAUUAUAUAGUGCUCUACAUCUAAUAUUAUAUAGUGAUCUACAUCUAAUAUUGUAUAGUGAUCUACAUCUAAUAUUAUAUAGUGCUCUACAUCUAAUAAUAUUAUAUAGUGAUCUACAUCUAAUAAUAUUAUAUAGUGCUCUACAUCUAAUAUUAUAUAGUGCUCUACAUCUAAUAUUGUAUAGUGCUCUUCAUCUAAUAAUAUUAUAUAGUGAUCUACAUCUAAUAUUAUACUGUAUAUAUCUAUCUAUCUAUCAUAUAGUGCCUUACAUAUCUAUC